UUAGCUAAGCACAUUCAAAGUGAUCGGUCGACUGACAAAUCAAAAGCCGGGAUUUGUAAAUACUACAAUAUGUAUAUUGAGUGAAAGUCCUAAUAAUCCCCCCACAACCAAGACUCUAAUCUUCUAUUAAAAACACACACACAAGGGCAUUAAGAACAAAAGAAAAAAUAAAAACAUAAACCAAGAAACAUUCUUGUAGUAGAAACAUGUGUUAACAUACAUAGCUGCAUGUGCCAGCAGCAGCAAAAACAACAACAUAAGUUGAAAUCACAACAGAAGAGUGAAAGUGUUCCUAUGCUAAAGAGGCAGUAGAAGAAGAAAAUAAAUACAUUUUUCUAUGAACAUUGUGUGGUAAUUCAGUGAGACAGACUUGCGACUCUUAAUGCUAAAGUUGGGUUCUAAUACCCAUUUGAAUGAAUGUUAGUGUUUUUGUAAUUCAUAUGCAUUGUACUGCCAUAGUAACACUUACUCCACACACCCAUUUCAUUCAGUGAAAGUCCGUCCCCUAAGCCCCGCAUUCAAAUCACCCCCACUACUGUAAUCUUCAGCGGUAAUUCAACAUUUCUAGCGAUCGUUUAGUCUUGUACAAAACCAAAAAAUGCGCGCUUUUUUGUCAAUGCUUGCAUACAACAUCGGACACUUGCUGUAUUGAUUGGGGCUAGUGUGAGAGUGCAUAGUGUAAGCACAAAGUAAAAAAAAAAAUAAACAAUUGAUAAGACUAGAGGGCCAUGGGAGGAGUAUAACAGAUUUAAGAAUAAAAGAAAAUUGCGUGUGUCCUACUUGCUUUGUGGUGUUGUAACAAAAAAAUUUUAAAAUUACCACUUAUCCACAAGUGGAUAUUCAUUCUUGAUCACACUUAAAUUAAGUGCAAGUUGACAGUGGAAAAAUACUACAUCAUUUAAACGUUAUACCCUCCUUGAUUAAAAAGAAUAGCGUUGCAAUAUGACUCAGGAUCAAGGUGAAAAAUCGAAAGCCAUCAUUACGGAGGAAGCCUACAAAGAAAUUGUCACCAAUGAACUGGAACGUGUUGGCACCGGUGGCCUAUAUGUCUGGUCAUUAUUUUUCAUUUGCGUCCUGCCUAAUAUAUUGAAUGGCUUCCAUGUUAACUCCUAUACCAUGUUGGGUCAUUUGCCCGACGAUCAAUGGUGCGAGAUAGAUGACUUGCGAGCGGCCAACUGGACAAAUGUACAGAAACGCACAAUUGCACACAAAGAUCUAACCACCAAAGGAUGCACAAUAAGGGAUUGGGACUAUAAGCACUUGAGUAGCAUGUCCUUUGAGGAGGCAUACAAUUACACCUCAAUGCAGGCGGAUAUUGAAACACCCAAUGAAAUAUCAUGUAAAGCUAAGGGCAUCUACCACUAUGCAGCACCCGAUAGUACAUUUGUGGCAAAUUGGGAUUUGGUGUGUGACCGAGCCAUACAGAGGACGUCAGCCCAGGUGUUUGUGUCGCUGGGCAAAUUUCUUGGAUCGUUUACGUUUGGAAUGAUAUCCGACAAAUUUGGUCGCAAAACCUCAUUUACUUUGGGUGCAGCUUUUUUCAUGAUUUCCAGCAUAUUUUGUACAUUCUCUCCUUGGUAUUCAUUGUUCCUGAUAGGUCGUUUUGGCUUGGGUGCUGCCUCGUCAGGACUAUUUUAUGCUGCGUAUGCCAUGUUAAUGGAAAAUAUUUGCCUAAAACAUCGCUCUUGGAUGUCUUUAAUAUUUUCUGGAGCUUAUCCCAUAGGCAUGAUACUUUUGGCUAUUUUUGCCUAUCUGCUCGAUGACAAUUGGAGAUAUUUGCAAUUAGCUUUAACCGUGCCCGCUAUGUUAUUGUUGCUAAAUUGCUACAUCAUGAAUGAAUCACCACGUUGGCUAAUAACGCAAAAACGCUUUGAACGCGCCUACAAAAUUUUAUUCAAAAAACCAAGCCAUUAUGAAAUUGUCAAGCCCGCCAUUGAACAAUCGAGCAUUGUAGCUGAUAAGAAAAUCGAAGAACCAACGAUAACCAAAGGGGCACAAAUAAGAGACGGCGCUUUGAAGCACAUUGUGGAACUAUUUGCCACCUCUAAGAUACGUAAAUUAGUGUUUAUAUCGUAUUUUAUGUUUUGUGCCUCUUCUCUAACAUAUUAUGUUACUGCCUUAAAUGCCUCGAAUUUAGCUGUAAGCCGUUACUUGUACGUCAUAAUAACUGGAUUUGUGGAUUUGCCCUCGUUAUUGCUGCCAGUCCUUAUGUUGCGCUUCACCGGUCGCAGAGUUGCAACUAUGACUCUAUUCGCCUUUACCGGAUGUGCCUUAAUAAUGGUUAUGGUUGUGCCUCAAGAAAGCACUGUGUGGAUUGUAGCAUUCGCUAUGCUCGGUCGAUUCGGCAUAACAGCUACAUACGCUGUGGUCACCCUGUAUGCUGCUGAACUAUUUCCUACAGAAAUUCGUGGAACUGCUUUGGGCACGUGUUCAACGUGGGCCCAUGUUGGAUCUAUUUCCGCCCCAUAUGCUGUAGAUUUUUUGGGUCCCCUAGGAUGGUAUAUACCAACAACAAUAUGUGGUGUCGUUCUUUUGGUAGCGUCUCUCUUAACCCUUCUCUUACCGGAAACUGGCACUGGCAAGCUGACAGAUCGCGUUGAGGAGGUGCCAUCUGAAACUUCUUCAAACAACGAAAGUGAGGAGCCAACUAAAAUUAAAUAAUUUCGAAUGAUUCGUGUCUUGUGUGCGUCUGUAUUAUUGUCUAGUACUUUUAGCUUAAAUUUUUUACUUUAUAUUUGCUGCUAAUUUAAGAUUUAUGGAAUUUUCGCCUAAAAAUUCCAAUAACCUACAUUUAUAUAGUAAAUAUAUAUACAUAUACAAUUAAUAUUUAUGAUUAGUUGUACAAAUGCAUUUAGAUUUAAACAAUUACCAGUUCAUUUAAGUAGAAUAACAUUUAUUUAAUAUCAACUAUCAUCACAUGGGUUAAGUAAGCAUGUGUUUUUCUAUUUGUAUUACAAAUCAUUGCAAUAUUAAGCACCUGUUAAUCAUCUAUCACUAGACUUAUCCACUCCAUGUAAGGCCCGGUGACUGUAUAAACACUGGGUAUACCCUUAAGACCACAUGUUAGACCAUGUGAAACUAUGCCAUAAAUAUAUUCCACAUCAUCGUAAUUACAAA